CGAUCUUCUGCCCUGCAAUACUAUCUCACUUUAUAUUGAUAUGAGUCAAGAUGCGUUGUGACGCUCUUAUGACGCUUAACAUCAAAAUUUAGCCAAGUGCUUAUCAAGCAACCACCAAAAAGGAGAAGUGGGGUGAUCACGUGUCCGACUUACGUGCCAUAACUGCUUUACACUUUUGCCCCUUUUCUGCUUCAUCUUUCCGCUUUGCUGAUUCUUUCAGGAGAUACCGACUUGAACGAGAGCAAACAAUUUUAGACCCGGCUUCCUUUUCUUGCCUUCAAGUGCCAGAAAGGAAGAACUAAGCAGGCAGGACCUCGGUUGAGCUCGAAGUCAUGAUUACUGAGCAACUUUCGAAGUCCUCUUUCCCGAAGUCUCCCCUCCAUACAAGCAUGCCGAGCAACUCGAAUAAUCUCCUUUCUCUUUUGGCAUAAAUUAGCUAAGUUGACCCUGCUAAAAUAUGUACUCACCUCCUCUAGGGACCACCAUCUGUUCACUUUCAUUCCCUACCCCGUCCAUUCUACUCGUGACACUCACUCGAGCGAAAGAGUUGAACACCAUUCCAAAUCACGGGCACUGGGAGCUCGAGAGAGUAUGGAAUUGGAUGGAUAGUAAUCCUGAUAUCUUAGUGGGAAUAUUUACUGGUUCUGGGCGAGCAUUUUCCACUGGUGCAGAUCUUCGAGAAUGGAUUAAGACACCUAAGAAACAGAAAGGAAAUUUGCCUCCAACCGGCUUCUGCGGCAUCUCCUCUCGACAUGGCAGAAAACCCAUUCUAGCGGCUGUGAACGGUUUAGCUGUAGGCGGUGGAGUCGAAGUGCUUCUUAAUUGUGACAUGGUGUUCUGUUCUCCUUCAGCCGUUCUUUCUCUCCCGGACGUCAAAGUUGGCCUUUCACUUCUGGGUGGCACUCUUCCUCUGCUCGUCUGGAAAAUCGGGCGCGGAAGGGCAACAGAUAUGGUCUUGACUGGUCGAAACGUGGGAGCAGAUGAAGCCUUGAUGUGGGGUUUGGUUGAUAAAGUCGUUGAAAAUCCCGUGGAAGAGGCUGUUGAAAUUGCCAAAGUGAUUGCGGAGAAUAGUCCCGAUGCUGUCUGGGCUAGUCGUGAGGGUAUUUUCUUGGGGCUGGGUGAAAAGGGAAGUUUUGAGGCGGGGAAAGAGUUCAAAGACAAAUAUUGGGCUCCGUUUUUGAGGGAAGGAAGGAAUUCCGAGGAAGGGAUUGCGGCGUUUGUCGAGAGGAGGAGGCCAAAAUGGGAUCGAAACUGGGACAAGAGCAGACUAUAAGCCGGGAACAAUGGAAAUGCUAUUUCUAGUCGCACGAAAAUUUGGAACUGUCUGCAAAAGAACACGUAAUUUUCAAAUACCUG